CGCAGUUCAAUCAGUCGGCAAGCGUUCGUCUUUCAAUGCAGUUCAUCGACGAUUCAUAACCAUGUCGAUGCGCUUACUGACUUCGGUGCUGAUGAUGCUUUCGCUGAGCGGCAUCGGUACUCUAGUGUUCAGCCAGAGCCCUGAUCCAGCCGCGCAGCAAGCUUGCACACUGUUCAAGCGCACCGUGUUCGAGGAACGUGUGCCCAUCAGCUUCUUCUUUGCCAAUGCGCCCAUUACCUAUGAGACAGUCGACUCCUGCCAUGGCUCGCGACCUCUGAUAGUGGGCGGCUCACCAGCUGAGGCCAAGGAAUUCCCACAUGCGGCACGUCUGGGCAAUCGCAAUGCUGAUAACAAAACAAAUUGGUUCUGUGGCGGCACUUUGAUAAGCAAUCGGCUUGUGCUCACAGCAGCCCAUUGCUUCUACACCGAAUAUGGAGCCGUGAAUGUGGUACGCUUGGGUGAACUUGAGUUUGAUAACGACAAGGACGAUGCGGAGCCGGAGGACUUUGAAGUGCUUAGCACCACAAUGCAUCCGGACUUCAAACAUCCAGCAUUCUACAAUGACAUUGGCAUCGUUCGGCUGCGUCGCGCGGUCAACUUCAGUUUGUACAAGCAUCCCGCCUGCCUGCCCUUUGACGAUGGCGAACGCCACGAGACCUUCAUUGCCAUUGGCUGGGGUGCACGGCAGUUUGCCCAGAAGCAGUCGAAGAAGCUCUUGAAAGUUCAGCUGCGGGGUUACGGUCAGCGUUGCCUCACCAGCGUGGAGCCCAACGAGGAGCUGCCCAAUGGCUAUAAUGCCAGCACUCAACUCUGCAUUGGCUCGCCCGAGAGCAAGGAUACAUGCAACGGGGAUUCGGGUGGUCCGGUGCUCUCCUACCACAAGGACUAUCCCUGCAUGUACCACGUGAUGGGCAUCACCUCGAAUGGCAUUGCCUGCGACACGCCCGAUGUGCCCAGUGCCUACACAAGGGUCCACUACUAUUUGGAUUGGAUCAAGCAGCAUUUGGCGAGGACCAAUUGAAGAUUUAUUCCGUUUAUAAGCCAAGUCCAUAAGGGCAGCAAAUACAUUAAUCUUUAUCUCUAUCUUU